AUGGAGUACCACAGAAGCACUACCCCCUGCCCUACUAACAGUGAUGCUAUGGAGUACCACAGAAGCACUACCCCCUGCCCUACUAACAGUGAUCGCAUGGAGUACCACAGAAGCACUACCCCCUGCCCUACUAACAGUGAUCGUAUGGAGUACCACAGAAACACUACCCCCUGCCCUACUAACAGUGAUCCUAUGGAGUACCACAGAAGCACUACCCCCUGCCCUACUAACAGUGAUCUGAUCGUAUGGAGUACCACAGAAGCACUACCCCCUGCCCUACUAACAGUGAUCGUAUGGAGUACCACAGAAGCACUACCCCCUGCCCUACUAACAGUGAUCGUAUGGAGUACCACAGAAGCACUACCCCCUGCCCUACUAGCAGUGAUCGUAUGGAGUACCACAGAAACACUACCCCCUGCCCUACUAACAGUGAUCCUAUGGAGUACCACAGAAGCACUACCCCCUGCCCUACUAGCAAGUGAUCCUAUGGAGUACCACAGAAACACUACCCCCUGCCCUACUAACAGUGAUCCUAUGGAGUACCACAGAAGCACUACCCCCUGCCCUACUAACAGUGAUCCUAUGGAGUACCACAGAAACACUACCCCCUGCCCUACUAACAGUGAUCGUAUGGAGUACCACAGAAGCACUACCCCCUGCCCUACUAACAGUGAUCGUAUGGAGUACCACAGAAGCACUACCCCCUGCCCUACCCUGCCCUACUAG